AUGAAGCUGCAUAUAUUUAAGCAUUUGAAGCGUGAAAGAAAAUUCGAGGAACACAACAGUAUAACAGAUCACAUAUCGGUACAUACAGUUAAAAAAUCUUUCCAGUGCACAGAGUGUGGGAGAAAAUUUGGGGAACGUAGUGAUAUAAUCAGUCAUAUGCCUGUGCAUUUGGGUGAUAAAUAUUUUGAGUGUUCUGUUUGUGAUAAAAGAUUUAAGAACCUCGCAUCUUUAAAGAGGCACAGUAUUUUACAUACAGAUAAUAAACCUCACAAGAGUCCUGAGUGUGGGAAAAGAUUCAAUCAACUUGAAAAUAUGAAGAGGCACAGGAAGCUGCAUAAAUUUAAGCAUUCGAAGUGUGAAAGAAAAUUAAAGGAACAUAGCAGUGUAAUAGAUCAAAUGUCGGAACAUACAAUUGAAAAGCCUUUCCAGUGUACGGAGUGUGGUAAAAAAUUUAGGAUCCUCGCAUAUUUAAAGAGGCACAGUAUUAUACAUUCAGAUAAUAAACCUCACAAGUGUCCCGAGUGUGGGAAAGGAUUUAAUCGUCUUUGGAAUAUGAAGAGUCACAUGGUGGUGCAUGCAGAUUAUAAACUUCAUGAGUGUCCUGAGUGUGGUAUAAAAAUGAAUAACCUAGGAGCUAUGAAAAGGCAUAGGAUAAUACAUACAGAUGAUAAACCUUACAAGUGUCCCGAGUGUGGGAAAAGAUUCAAUCGUCUUGGGAAUGUUAAUACUCACAUGUUGAUUCAUAAAAAUGUUAAACCUCAUGCAUGUCCCGAGUGUGGGAAAAGAUUCAUCCAGCUUGGAAAUAUGAAGAAGCACAUGUUCUUGCAUAUAGGUCAUAAACUUUUAAAGCGUGAAAAGAAACUUGGGGAACCAAACAAUAUUAGCCUCAGGUCAGUGCAUACGAAUAAUAAGCCUUUAGAGUGUGGGAGAAAAUUUAGAGAACAUAAGAGUGUAAAAAGAGACACGUUAAUGCAUUCAGAUGAGAAACUUCAUGAAUGUCCAGAGUGUGGGAAAAGAUACAGUAAUCUUAGAAGUAUGAAGAGGCACAGGGCCAUACAUAUGGGUGAUAAGUCUUUUCAUUGUGCCAAAAAUGGAAGAAAGUUUGGAGAACAUAAAAGUAUGAAAAGUCCCAUGUCAGUGCAUAAGGAGGAUAGACCUUUUAAGUGUGCUGUGUGUGGUAAAAGAUUCAAAGAACGAUCAAGUAUAAUAAGACACAAGUUACGGAAAAAUCACAUACAGUACUAG